UUGGAAUUGAACUAAUAGAUCUUAGAAUUCAAGAAUCCAAGUCUAUUUUGGAUUAGCUGAACCCUGAUUUACUUGCAUCGAGUAGAAAGAAAAGAACCCUAAUUUUUCAUAUACUCCUUGCUUAGUUUAAUUCCCUUCUUAUUCAUAAUUGAAACUGAUUCAAACUUGUUGAAGAGUUACAGAUUCCAUUUUCCAUGUAUGACAAAGACACUCUCUGAAACUGUUUUUUAACACUUUUUUGUCUGAAUGUAUAUGGUCUUUGAUUGGUCUCAAAAGAGACAGACAUGUCUGAAUCAAAGGAUGAGAAAACACAAGUUGCAGCAGACAGGAUCAAAGCUGCAGCACUCACUGCUUCAAAAGGCUUAAGCCGAACCCAAGCUGAGCGAGCUGCAGCUGCUGCUUCAAGAAACGUCAACGCUUACGGUCAAAAGGAGGAAGGUCCUAGCAGAUGGCAGGAGAAGAGGGAAGCCAAGAGGCAGAUGUAUUUGAUGAGUACUGAGAAAGCCGUGAGGCUUGGUGAAAGGAAAGAUAAGUCAGUGUCUGCAUCGGUAGUGGGAGGAAGUAGUUUGGCGGCUUCGCAGUGUCAGAAGUGUUUUCAGACAGGGCAUUGGACUUAUGAGUGCAAGAACGAGAGGGUUUAUGUUUCUAGACCUUCGAGAACUCAGCAGCUUAAGAAUCCUAAGCUGAGGAUGAAGCCUUCUGUUGAUGAUCUUGAUGGUGAUGAUGAGAAGGUAGAAGCAGGGAAUGGGAAAGAAGAUGAAGAAGGAGGUGAGAGGCGGUUGUCUAAGAAGAGCAAGAGGAAGAAGAGGUCGAAGUCUGAUUCUGGCAGUGAUAGUGAAGCGUCUGUGUUUGAAACAGAUAGUAGUGACGGCUCGGAAUCAUCUGGUGGGAGUAGUUCAGAGUAUAGUUCAUCGUCUGAGUCGGAGGAGGAAAGGAGGAGGAGAAGGAAUAAGAGGAAGAGCAAGAAGAAGCCAAAGCAGAGGAAGGAAAGGCAAAGGAGAAAAAGAUACAGUUCUUCUUCAUCUGAGGAGGAGUCUGAUUCAGAAUCAGCUUCGGAGUCUGAUUCUGAUGAAGACAGAAGCAGUAGAAAGAAGAAGAGCAAGAGGCACAGCAGCAACAGAAAACGUCGUUGAAUUGGUUUUAGGAAAAUUUGGAGUGUAUGAAUUUUUUUUUAGAGUGGAUCAUUUUGAGCUACAUGAAGAAACUCACUGCUUUCUUUUCUUAAGUUUCAUCUUUUCCUUUUUCUCAGCCGCUUAUGGCUUUGUGUUGUAAUACACUGAUGGAUUUGAGAAUCUCCUUUAGUUUUCAGAACUCAGUAGAACCACA